CCCAAGAAUAUGUCGACCACUGGUUUAAUCGCAUCCCUUGCAGAUGAAAUCAAGCAGGAGAUCGGGAAUAAUUCCCUAGGCGCUGGCCAGAGUCAUGCUCGACUUCUUCAACUGAUUGACGAGCUCAAGCUGGCAGUUGAAACACCCACUGAGACUAUCCUCCGGUUGAUCUAUCAGCCUCCUGAGAAUGCAGCUUUGAGGACGGUUGUCGAUUUGGACAUAUUUUUACUGCUUGUUAGCAGUGAAAAGCCUGGAGGAAUCUCUGCCACAGAACUGGCUCAACAGACAAAAGCGGAAAGGGAACUUAUUAUCCGUCUUAUGAGAGUUGUGACCUCAUUGGGACUAUGUGUGAGUCCAGAGCCGGAGGUAUACCAGGCCACAGACAAGGCAAUCGUCAUGACUCAACCAAUUGGCCGAGAUGGAGUCCCUUGCAUAUACGAUCUUACACUUCCGGCCUUAUCCAAACUUCCCGAAUACCUUCGCGAGCACAACUACAUCAACCCUGAGGAAUACUCAACAUCUCCCAUGCAGUGGGCAGUCGGCAAAAGUCAGUUUGAAUGGCUCGCAGAGAACAAAUUAGAUCAGGCUCGCUUCAACUCUUAUAUGUCAAGUCGACGAGACGGAAAACCAAGUUGGUAUGAUGUAUACCCUAUCGAAAGGUUGACAGAAGGGGCUGUGAACCACAAAGAUGCCAUAUUCCUUGUUGAUAUCGGAGGCAAUCAGGGCCAUGACUUAGGAAAGCUCCAUGCACAUUACCCGACCCUUCCUGGUCGUCUGAUUCUGCAGGACCUACCGAAGAUCCUGCUAAAGGUCAACAAGCCCGGAAUAGAAUGUAUGGGUUACAGCUUUUUGGACCCACAGCCAAUUAAAAAUGCUCGAACAUACUAUUUCAGAGCAAUCUUUCAUGAUUGGCCCGAUCGGGUCUGUCGAAAGAUCCUGCUCAACACUAUCUCGGCAAUGAAUCCGGAGUAUUCCCGUAUCAUUAUUGUGGAUUUUGUUUUGCCAGACACCAAAGUAUCCAGAAUGCAGGCUGCGAUGGACAUUCAAAUGAUGAGUAUUGGCGCGGGCGUUGAGAGAUCCAAAAAGCAGUGGAAUGAUCUCCUUGCCAGCGUUGGAUUGAAGAUUACCGGAAUUUGGAAUUGUAACCCGGCAAUGGAGUCUGUCAUUGAAGCUGUUCCUCUCUCUGAAGGAUCCGAUUCCAUUACUAAGACUGCCAAGGUCUCUGUGUGA